AUGUCGGACUCGGCCAAGGUGCGAUUGGUGCGUUGCCCAAAGUGUCAAAAUCUUCUUCCCGAACUCGCCGAUUACUCUGUUUAUCAAUGUGGUGGUUGUGGUGCGGUUCUUCGAGCGAAGCAUAAAGCUUAUGUGAGUGGUAGCUUGUCAGAUGAGGGGAAGGUUGGAGUUGGAGGAGAUUCUGGUAAAUCGGAAAGUUCAUUGGAGAAAGUCUUAGUAGAUCGUAGUGAUACUUCGGAUGUUGAUGCUAAGUCCAGUAGUGGUCCCUCAAGGGGCGAAAAUCAACGGGAUGUGGAUAAAGUAGAUAACAUGGACGAGAAAUUUCUGAAUCAAUCAGAGGGUAUUGGUGAGAAAGGGGUAUUUGAUGAUGAUGUUGAUGUCAAUGGGAGUAAAGAUGAAUUGGGUAAAUCGAUAGGAAGAGAACAGGAGGAACCACACAAGUCUCAAAUUGGUCGUGAGAAUGGGUCUAAAUUCUCUGGGAGAAAUUCUAAUUGGCAGAAUGGAGAGAGAAGUGAGAUGGAGGGGUUUUGGAGAAAGCCACGAGCUGAUAUGGAAAAUGUGAGAUUUUCCACUUCGAACUAUCCUGAUGAAGGACCUUCGAAUGGGUUUUCUAAUAAUUACAUGGGAUCGCGGAAGAAUCGUAAUGAAGCAGAUGGUGCAAACAUGGUUCAGCACCUUGAGCAGGAUCGAGCUGAGCUUCUAAGGAAGCUAGAUGAGUUAAAGGUCCACCUCAGUAAGUCUUCUGAAUUGGUAAACAACCAAAAAGAAAAGAUUCUUCCUGAUGAAAGGACGAUUCCUCCAGAUCAUCAUCCCUAUGGUGGCUCUGGUCCUUGGUUUCCAGACGGAUCAUCAGGGUUGAACAGAACUUCAAGGCAACUUUUUGGCCCUGAUAAGCAUGUGAUUGGCUCCACUCAUUUCAAUUAUCAUCAUCAUGAUCCAUAUCCUUAUGCAAGUGGUCAUGACAUGGCUAUGCCCAACUUCCCUCCUUCAAUGCACAAUCCUAAUCGAUAUGGGGAUCCUUUUGCAUCCCAAAUGCCAAGGAGAGGUCCACACCAGUUCCCACAACAACCAGUGCAUCCCUACUAUCCUGGACCGUAUGUUGACACUAAUCCAGAUUCAUACGAGCUUUACUCACAUAAUGCAAUGCUUCAUCCACCUUCUUGCUCGUGUUUCCAUUGCUAUGAUAACAAACGAAGAGGUUCAGUGCCAGCACCACAUGCUUCAUUCAUUAACAGCAGAUUCCCUGAUAUUCCGAAUGAUCCUAUGUUCUACCGUCAUGACAUCCCGGGGACAUUUGGUCCGCAUGUACAUAAUUCUAGAACAGCCAUUCCUCCAGUGACCCAUCGUGAAAAACAAUUACAUGCAAGAUGGGGUAGUGACUUCAACUCUGAGAUGGGUAGUUUUGUUAGAACUCGUCCUCGCAAAGUAAUGUUAGCUAGUAGUAGCCAGCGUUGCUAUCCUGUAUCUGGUGGUUCACCCUUCAUCUCAUGUCAUAAUUGCUUUGAGUUGCUGCUACUGCCUAAAAAAGCAUUGGUUCUGUUGAAAAAUCGUCAGCAAAAAGUGCAAUGUGGGGCUUGUUCCUCAGAAAUGAGCUUUGCUGUCAUAAAUAAGAAGCUAGUUAUUUCUCCUAAUUUGGAGACAAAGGGAGUUGCCUCUAGAGGUGAUAACAGCUCUAAUGAGGUUGUGAGUAGCCGUAUUUCACAUUCCCGAAUUCAUGCGAACAGGACUGGUGCUAAUUUUUCAUCUGAUGACUAUUCUGGUUAUGAUUUUCAUUCAGUAGACAGGGAACCCCUCUCUGUCGGUGCUUUGAACUCUAACAAGUCCCUGGAGAUACCGAGUUUUCGUUCUUCAUCUCUCAGUACCUCUGAAGAUGAAAAUAGUCCGGGAGCAAUGAUUGAUCCAAGGGAGACCGCUAAGUCCAUUCAUCGGCCAACUACAGAUUCUCUAUCUCCUCCUGCUGGUUCGCCUCUACAGGAGUAUUUUGAUUACUCCAAUAAUAACCAUGCAGUAAAUAGGUUUGGAAAAGGAAACCAAAGUAGUCGCUCGGAGCAAGAGAAGACAAAAGUGGAUAAGAUGUCAUCACGUCAAAAUUCAUUGAAAGAGGCUGCACUUGCAACUGAGAUGGAUGUUCAUGAUUAUUCAAACACUGGCGUUUCCCAAGAUUCUAGAGACGCCAGCCGAGAGCAUGAUCAUCUUAGAUCCAACAAAGGGGGUGAAUCAUUUUUUGCAAACAUUAUCAAGAAAAGCUUCCGAGAUUUCUCCCGGUCAAAUCAUGCAGAUGAUCGUAGCAAAAUCAACGUUACUGUAAAUGGGCAGCCAUUAUCUGACCGUGUUGUCAAGAAGGCUGAAAAACUAGCAGGAACAAUCCAGCCUGGAAAUUAUUGGUAUGACUUGAGGGCUGGAUUUUGGGGUGUAUUGGGAGGGCCUUGUCUUGGAAUAAUUCCUCCAUUUAUAGACGAGUUCAAUCAUCCCUUGCCAGAAAAAUGUUCUGGUGGGACUACUGGUGUUUUUGUAAAUGGUAGGGAACUUCACCAGAAAGACUUGGAAUUGCUAGCAGGGAGAGGACUUCCCACAGAUAGAGAUAGAUCUUAUAUCAUUGAAAUUUCUGGGAGAGUCCUGGAUGAAGACACAGGUGAAGAGUUAGACAGCCUUGGCAAACUUGCACCUACAGUGGAGAAAGUGAAGCAUGGAUUUGGCAUGAAAGCACCUAGAACAGCUACAUAA